UUGAAAGGAACUUUAUUGUGUCAAAAUUGUUCGAUUAUAAUGAAAAUGACGCUACAAGUGAGGAACAGUCUUACAGACACACCCCUUCUGUAAAGUACGGCCUCCUCCGUGCUGUAUAAAUAAUCAUCCAAAAGAUUUGAAGGAUGCAGAGGCUCUUCUACUGAGGACCUUCAAUCUGAGAUUUUGCCAUGGGUGCCACGAGACUCUGCUUCCUGCUCUUCUGCCUCUUCCUGGUGAGCGUCUCUUCUUUGAGAAAACUUAAAGAUAUUCAUGACUUAAAAAACAUUACAUAUGCCAGGUCUGCGCCACGUCAUGGACUCCAAUUAUUGUUCUGGUUUGCCCAAAAAGUUGUGACCGUUGAUCAGAGCAACAUUCUCAUCCUCGAUUCCAAUUUCGAUCCUAGUAGAGGUGACUUUGGAUUCCACCAUUACAGCAACAGAGAAGUCAUUCUCCCCUCAUUGAGCUCCUGGCAGAGUUACUAUUCGGUUGGCAAUUUAAAAUCUCCUGGAGCCAAAGCACUGCCAGCCUAUGUGCAGAAGUAUUACAGAAACACCAAUGUGCCGGAAAGAAACAUGGACAGGCUCAUUAUCUCUGUGAAACAAAACAAGCCAAACAAGAUACUCGGCGUGUUUAUAACGGCGUACGACCUUCACAAGAACGACUUUAAUUAUGAGAACACUUAUGAGAUCGAUCCUGCUCUGCUCUUGCAAAUUGGGGACCCUUAUAACUGCACUGUUGAUGAGAGCAACAUACCACGUAAUACAGAAGACACAGAAUAUGACAGAUGCCUUGAGUUUCUGAAAGAGAUGGGAUACAGCAGCGAUGACUGCAAACACAGUCAUAUCAGCCGCAGAAAGAAACGCUCGCCCUAUUUGCAAUGCAAUGCAUAUGAAGGAGUUAAACUAGAGAUAAAAGCAACUACAGGAGGUUUCGCGAAACUCCUGUGGGAGAUGCCUGCUAAAAUUAUGGAAAAUUCCAAAUAUGUAUACAUCGAAAUCUGCCAAAACACUCGUUCCAGUGAAACUAAUGAAGUUCAUACGGAGGUCAGGAAACAGCUGAAUAUUUACGAACCGUCUGGGGUUAUAGAUACUUCUGUUUCCACGAAUGAUGGUCUCCAACCUCGACUGCGACUGUACCCAUCGCUUUUUGAUUUUCAGUUUACUAAUCCAUAUAUUUGGUAUGGGCCAGAGUUUGACGGAGCUAAUAAAGUGAUCCCCGCUAGAAUAAAGGGGUUUGAUGCUAGUCUGCAGCUCUGCGCUGAAGACGGAAAAGCCAGCGCUCGACUCUACAUCAAGAAAACCUUCAGCGACUGGAAAAAUGUUCUUUUCUACUCAUGGGUGGGCUUCUAUAAAAAUUCACAAGACAAAAACGAUGACUAUUCAACGUAUCAGUAUGCUGAUAGGUUUGCUAAGGUCGAAAACUCUAUCACACACAAUUAUGAUAUUUACCAGUAUAAUACCAGUUUAGCUAUUGUUCCUGGAGUUCAAAUCCGUUUUCUGUUGGACAAAAAAUAUGACAAAGUUUUAGCACAAACUACGCCCUGGGAGGGUGUUGAAGCAGUGACAAUAUUACCAUCAGAUUGUGGCACACCGAGUCCUAGUCUUCAGCCUAAAAUCACAUCAAACAUGCCAGAAUUCUUUUAUGGACCAGAGUAUGAUAAUAUCGGUCUGCAGCUAUUCACUGAGGAUGGUAAUGCUUGUGCUCGACUUUAUGUUAAGAAGACCUUCGCAGAUUGGAAAGAUACUUUCUACUACUCAUGGGUGGGAUUCUACACUAGUUCACAAGACCAAAAUAAUGGCUAUUACACGUAUAGCUAUGUUGUGAAGUUUGAAAAGAUGGCGGAUGGUAAUGAUAAUUAUGAUAUUUAUCAAUACAAAUCCAAACUGGCUAUUGCGCCUGGAGUACAGAUACGUUUCCUGAAAGACAAAAGUUCUGAUAACGUAUUAAUUAAAACUGAGCCCUGGAAGAACGGUAAAUAAAUCAGCUUUUGGCAAUUCAUAAAAGAAAGUGAGGUGAUGUAACGAUAACAGUAAAAAUUCAUUUGAACUUUUUUAACAUUAGUGAGUCUUUACAUUCAUCAACAUCUGUAACAAACUGCUGUCCGCGUGCUGACAUGAAUAACCAUUAACCGACAGUUCUAGCAUGCACUGAAUUUAAUUGUACCGCAUAAUAUGCAAUAGCCUUGCUCUGUUUGUUGUAUUAUCUCACCCACAAUCUCUAUUAAAAUGCAUCUGAUGAAAGUGA